UUUUCUUUUAGUCAGGAACUUUAUAUUUUCCUUAAAAGUCCAUCCAGUUCUCUCAGGACUUCCAUCGAACACAUUGUAGGCACCAUCUCCACUACCACUUUCAGCGCCACCCAUCACAACCCCACUUCCUAAUUCACCGUCCAAACACUCAAAUUCAACAUUCUCACUACCUUUCAUCGUGAUUAUCUUUCUGAAACCUUUCAGUGUGACAGUUGUGUGUGUAUCAAUGGCAGCAAGUAGCGACAUUCUUUCCUUAAAAAUCUUGGAGAACAUGUUCAUGAACAUCUUGCAAAGCUGUAAAACCAUGAACAAAUUGAAGAAAAUCCACACCCAAAUAAUCAAAUUCUCACUGUCAAAAACCAGCAGUUACUUGGUCACAAAAAUGGUAAACAUAUGUGACCAACAUGAACAAAUAGACUAUGCAAAAUCAUUAUUCAAAGAGGUAUCUCACCCCAACAUUUACUUAUACAAUGCUAUAAUUAAAGCUUAUACACACACCCACUUGAAUAAUUCACUUACCAUUUAUUUAUACAAGCAAAUGCUUAGAGAACAAAUUUCUCCUGAUAAUUUCACAUACCCGUUUGUUAUACGGGCGUGUGGAGGGCUUCCGGAUCUUCGUUUAUCCAAACAAGUUCAUGGGCAUGUGUUGAAAUAUGGAGUUGAGUCCAAUAUUGUUAUUGAAAAUUCACUUUUGGAUAUGUAUGUAAAAUGUGGUGGUGUUGAUGAUGCACACAAGGUGUUUGAUGAAAUGUCUCAAAGAGAUGUGAUAUGUUGGAAUACUGUUAUUUAUGGGUAUACAAAGGUUGGACAGAUGAAGAAGGCUAGAGAAUUGUUUGAACAAAUGCCGGAGAAAUCGGUUGUUUCAUGGACUGCGAUGAUUUCUGGGUACACGCGAGUUAGGAGUAAUACCGACGCGUUAGACAUGUUCCACAUGAUGCAACGGGCUGGGGUUAAACCCGACUGGAUUAGUUUAUUGUCUGUGUUGUCGGUUUGCACGCAGUUGGGAGCUCUUGAGCUGGGGAAAUGGGUACAUUUUUACGCGGAGAGAAAUGGGUUCUUGCGAAAGACGAGCGUAUGCAAUGCGUUGAUUGAAAUGUACGCGAAGAGCGGAAAUAUCGAGCAGGCAUGGCAAGUGUUCGACAAAAUGCUUGAACGAGAUGUGAUUUCGUGGAGUACAAUGGUGGGAGGGUUAGCCACCCAUGGAAAAGCUCGAGACGCGAUACGAUUGUUUCAAGAAAUGCAGAAGUCAACGGUCAAACCUAACGAGAUCACGUUUGUCGGUCUUUUAUCCGCUUGUGCUCAUGCUGGAUUGUUAGAAGACGGAUUGAGAUACUUUGAUUCCAUGACAACCGAUUAUAACCUAGAGCCGGGAAUUGAGCAUUACGGAUGUUUGGUAGAUCUUCUGGGACGAACGGGUUGUCUCGAUCAAGCUCUCGAAGUGAUAAAAACAAUGCCCAUGAAACCCGAUUCUGCAAUUUGGGGCUCGUUAUUGAGCGCGUGUAGAACCAAGGGAAAUCUUGCAAUGGCGGUCAUCGCGAUGGAGCAUCUUAUAGAGCUUGAACCGGAAGAUACCGGAAACUAUGUGUUGUUGUCGAACAUAUAUGCGGAUCUUGGAAGAUGGGACGGUGUUUCGAGGGUGAGGAAGUUGAUAAGAGGUAAGACGAUGAGCAAGAAACCCGGGUGUAGUGCGAUUGAGGUUGACAACGUUGUUGAAGAGUUUGUGUCGGGUGAUAAAUCGAAGCCGUUUUCCGAAGAAGUUUAUUCGAUGCUCGAGUUACUCGCUUCGCAACGUAGGAUAUUAAACGACUUUGACGAAAUAGUGUUCGAGGAGAUGUAACGAUAAUUGAUCCACCACCCACGUCUAAAGCCCGCGUUUAACCAAGAUAACUUAACCGUUUAUAAUCGAAACCGAACGAGCAUUAGUUAUAGGUUCCAAGAUAUGAUUAAGGUAGAUCUUGGAAAUCUAACUCCUCGUGCUUUUAUUAUUAACGAACGAGUCGAUUGGGUCAUGUCUCAUCUCAAAUGGGUUAUACGGGUACCGUUAAAAACGGUUGGCCAAAGUCGAUUAAAUUGUAUUUUUAAUGCAUAAAAAUUUCUAGAUCA